AUCAUAUUGAAUGUAAAAAAGGUUCUCUUUCUUCCCGCCAAAGUAGCAAUAUAACAAUCUAACAAAAUUCUAAACUCAAGACGGUAUUGACUCAUUUGGUGCUUCACACUUCACAGUAAAAGGCUGAUUAAUUAUUAGUAACAGCAUCAACAUCAUCUUAGUUACUGAAGAGCGUAAUCGGGCUUUCUAUAGAUUUAACCUGAUACCUCAUUAGGCAGAGUGACUUUGAUCAGACAUCUUUAACUUUGUCAUGAUGCAAGAUAUUCUUCACAUGAUGAAUAAACCUAUCUUCCUUGAUCGUAAUUUUGGGAGUUUAAUUUCCUCUCCAUUCUUCUAUUCAAGACCUCAUCGUCUUGUCAGUCCUGAGCAGAGUGGCACAUCCAAAAUUCUAACUGACAAAAAUAAUUUCAGAAUCAGUUUGGAUGUGCAACAGUUUAAACCAAAUGAACUGAGCGUGAAAGUAGUAGAUGACUUUGUGGUCAUCGAAGGUAAGCAUGGAGAGCAAACUGAUGAUUAUGGUUUAGUUUCACGCCAAUUCACCCGGCGUUACAGGCUGCCUCCUGAUGUUGAUGCUGAAGCUCUUCAGUCCUCUCUGUCCUCAGAUGGAGUCCUUCAGGUAGAAGCUCCCAAGAAGCCUCCUGUGCAGGGAUCGGAACGUAUUGUUCCUAUUGUUGCUACUAGGAAACCAUCUACUCCAUUGUCAAGUCCUCUUCAACCUGAGAAGAAGGCUAAAAUUCAAAAUUAGAACUAACUUAACAUUGCUGAUCCUUUAAUUCUUUCCAAAAGAAAUUUCAUUAGUAGUUUCAUAAUGGCAUUUGGUGUCCUCCAAUAUCAAAUAAUAUUUGAAAUUGUGUGUGAGAUUUCAAGUUUUAGUAAAUUAGUAAGUAGGUAUAUUUAUGCUUCACCAGUUAACACAAUUAAAAGUUGUUUCUAAAAUUUAAUAUAAAACAAUGAACAAGUUAAAUCUAUAGAUGUAAAAGAAGAGAAGCAUUGUAUAACAUUUAAUGUUUAUCUGAUAAUAAUUAAUAAAUCCUAGCUUUAUUGUAGUUGAGUCUCAUGUUAAUUGAUACAGGUAUGUAUAAGAUGCUAUUGCAUUAGAGUCUAAUCAUCUGAGACCAUACUUACUCUCUUAUUUUUGAGUGACUGCACUUUGUCUAUUGCAAAAAAAGUAUCGAAGAUCACAUUCAGUAGUAUAAAGUAUUAUUUUCAUGAUAGUUGAAUUUUUUAUAGCUAUAUACAAGAUAAACUUAAAUUUUUAAGUAAUGAACAGAAACCAUUUUGUAAUAGAGCUAAUAAAAAAGACUGUUUUAAGACUGAUAGUUAUAAGAUGUUUUUAUUGUUAAGUGAGCUGUAAUUGCUGCUGUGAAUGAUUUUAAAAGUAGUUUUAAUCUAGUACUUAAAUGAGUUUGUAUAAAGUUAAGGCAUUUGUUAUGUUUGUACACCGUGAGUAUCCUCAUAUUAAUAAUAUAAUUUCCUUAAAACAUUAA